CGGGUCGGUUGAGGUCAGUGAGCUGCAGACAGUGACACUUCCAAGCCAUGGCUACCCGCAAGGUCGCGGACUCGACGCUUUACCAUCUCAGUCCCAGGGGCUUCUGGAAGAAAUUCAGGGAUGCUGUCGUGGUGAACCCUGAGAUCUCCACGGGUCUCCCUCUCCCCAACGUGGUCAGAUAUCCGCCCCCUGGUUCGCGACCGGAGAAGUACGCUACUGCUGCGACGAAGGCGUCGGACCCGGCUCAGAACCCGUACUGGAAACGAGAUGUCCGCCGUGCCUACCCCCAGCUGUCAGUCGUGACGCAGGCUGAGCUUUCGUCCCUCCUCAUCCAACACUCUCAACCACAAGCCGUCGCCGCUCCCGCAGAAGGUCAGGAGGGUGACAAGGCAUCCGUUCCUGCCGAGGCUCCUGAGCCGACAGAACUGUCCGCCGCCAUUGCUACGAUCACCGCCUCCAACAAGGUCUACACGGAGGCCAAGCUACCUCCGAGUCUCCCGAAUGCGUACAAGCGCUGGAGGCCAGAGCGAACGGAGGACGCGCCGCACGACCGAACUGCAUAUUUCCCCAUGCUGCUCUUCAAGUAGACUGUUUGCUGUGGUGGUAGAAUAGUGCAAUGGAUAUUUGCGUGCUGUAGUUCGGUCGACGUGUAUGGAAAGUGGACAGGUCCACACGAACGUUCAUGACCACUUU